GCGAUAUUCUCAACGGCAGCACGGUCAAGAAAAUGGAUGAUUGUGCAAACAAGCUAAAGGGUCAAUUCCAGUCUUAAACGGAUGAUAUAUGACUUAUGCCGAAGGUAUGCGUUCAGCCUUUGUCGUGGCAUCAAUCCGAAACGCCUAUCAGUAGUUUAAAGUAGCAGUGUUGAAUACAGUCGGUAGCGUAUCGUAUUAUAUGAGAUUGAGGCCAACUAGCUUUUAGCCAAACGAGCUUCACGCAAUGUCGGUUGCUCUACCUUCGGCAUAAUCGGAUCAUUUGCGGUAUUGCAGAGUAGGCACGAAAGCUUCUUUUCUAAGUGCUCUGAAUCUUUAAUGUGACAAUGAGUACUAUAAUUGCUUUUGUUUAUUUUUGUGUUAAACGAAUGUCUUUGAAAUCUACAGUUUUUGGACGCUUAUGGGUUGACUAUAGUUAACGAUGAUUUUUCGUGGGUGCACGAUUUUUGUGUUGUCACAUCCAAAAGUGAAAUUAGCCUGUCGGUGAAACCCCAGAAACGAAAUAUGAGUGACGUUGGAUUUAGUUUUAACGGUGGUUAAGUCUAACGCAGCGGUCUCCCACCUUUUUUCAUCUGUGAGAUACUUUUACUCAAUGAAAAUGGCAGAGAGCCUCUCCUUUUUUGUGUCUCCCAACUUUCAUCACUAUUAGAGCUACUUAGACAAAUCGAACGGAUAGCCUUCAUUAAUUACUGCUGGUGUUACUGUGGAACCAAUGGAGAAUAACAGCCUCACAAAUGCCAGCUCAGAGGAGCAACAGAGCCAGUCAGAACCUUCAGGUGAUAAACCAGGAUUGUCCCAACUUAGAAAGUCAUGGGGUUUCAGACGAUCAACGAUAGCUCAACGAGAGUUCAUCGAAGAAGUUGGAGAUGUAACCCAUAGUCCUUCACCUGUGCGGAGGGCCAGAAGCCGGCGUUCUACUCAGACACCAUCGGCCUUUAAAGACAACAAGGUCGCCCAAGCUCCUCAAGCAUCUCUGACCGUUAUGGAUGACCUCGAGUGGUCUGCCCCAUCUUCACCAGGUUCAGAGGAAACCAAACCAGCUUUAUCCACUGUGGGAGGGUGCCUUGACCCAACCAUGUGGCAGGACAUUGGGUCUGCCUUUGACACUGCUUUCUCCCUUCUUGGUGGGGAUGAGGGUUUGUCAAUGGACAUGUCUGAUGAUUUGGCAAUUCCAGAUAUUUUGGGAGUUUCUGAUACCACAGAGCCUCCUCCUUUACUAGUUUCAGAUGACACAGAGAUAUCUGAGCUCAGGGGACGUCCUGAUAAUGAUGGAAUUCUGCAGCCAAUGCCAACAGAGAAGGUGGCAAGUGGAGAUGUAGAUGUAGUUUUGAUCUCAAGCCAAGACGAGGAAAGCGAUGAAACGACUUCGAUACAAAUCGAGGAGCAAGUGCAAUCUAAAUCCAAGCAGGGAACCAGUGCAGGGAGAGGCGGAAGAGGAAGGGCCAGAGGUAGAGGAAGAGGACGAGGAAAGGGUAAAGGCAGAGGGAGGGGCAGAGGGAGGGGUAAGGUAGUUGAGGUUGAGUCAUUAGUGGCGUGUGAUGAGGACGAUGAUGUAAUGCUUGUUAAUCCAUCAGAAGGGCAGCUGCAGCACCUACAAAGGGAGCAUAAAGAUAAUGACCUGCACACACCUGAAAUGGACACAUAUCUUGCGCACUCUGUUGUCACGCUGAGUCCUGUUCAGCAAACAAGCUCAGACUGUAUUAUUAUAGACACAGAUGUGGAGCAGAAUAAAGACACAACUACAGGCCAGUAUGAUGAUGCACCAGAGGAGGCAGACGAGCAAUACAACAAAGAUAAAGAUGUUAUGGAACAUUCAAGCAUAUUUACUGCCAAGACUUACGAUCCCAGUGCUCUGUACUGCAUCUGUCGACAAAAACACAAUAAAAGGUUUAUGGUCUCCUGUGACAGUUGUCAAGAGUGUUUCCAUGGCGACUGUGUUGGUGUCAGUGAAACCGAAGGCCGUACAGAGUAUGUUUGCCCACCCUGCACUACAAAGAAGCUCAGCCAAUCCCAGUCUGAAGUCCACACCCAGCCAGAACCAUAUACUUUGCCUGCAGACUUAUCACUUAUUCCUUCUGGAGACAAACCAGAGGGACAAGAGGAGCAGGACUCCCUGAAGAAGACUGUAGAGUUGGAGGAGAAUGAUAUAGAGGAGGCUUCUGCAAUAAGUUCUGAACCUGGACGUGGACCUGGUGUGGCGAUGGCGGCAGAUAGCUCACUUCCGCUAUGUAUCGGACCAGGAUGCACCAGACCAGCUUUACAGGGCUCUGUUUAUUGCGGCACUGACUGCAUUAUUCAGCAUGCUACUUUCACUAUGCAGUCCCUCUCUGACACAAAGGUGCCCAAACCUACAGGUGGAAUGCAGAGAAAAGCUUCACCUACAACACCUGCUGCAAAGGGUCAGUGUAGUAGGGUGUCUGCAAGGUUAGCUGCAAAAGCUGAGGAAAAUGCCAAAAAGGAGGAGCUGAUGGAAGGUGAUGGAACGCAGACAGAGGCUACAUCCACCAAAGCCUGUGACCCCACUCUCACAGAAGUUCAGGCCACUUCGCUACCAUCAUCUAAGUUGUACACAGCGUUAACUAAGGAGUGUAAAGAAAUAGAGCCUGAAACUCCCCAAAAACAAAAGCCAGAGGACCCACCCACAGAUGAGUCUCCCCCACAACAACCCAGCACUGAGCCAGUUCUACCACAAAGUGACUCUCAUACCAGCAAAAAGGAUUCUGCAAACAGUGACAUUUCAGAAGAAGCAUCUGGAGAAUCAGUUCCCUUCAUACCCCCUACUGGAGCAAAAUCAGGUCCACCUCCUCCCACACAGUCUCCAAACACAGGGACAAAACAACAUGAAAGGGGAGUUGUUUUGAACACUCUGACAGCAUACAUAAUCCCUAAGAAGCAAUCUGGACUUCAGCCUUCAUCUAGCCACAUGGCAGCCUCAUGCCAGAAGCCUUUGGCCCCCACUGUAGUGAAUGAGACCCGAAAUCUCCCUGUACCACCUGCACCAAGCGCUCCCUCCUCAAGACCCUCUCAGCCAAAUAACCAGGUCAGACAGAGCAUCCAGCGCUCUCUCACUAGCAUCUUGUUCAAAAGGGUUUGUGACUGUGAGGAUUUGGACAUGUCUGAAAGUGAUGCUGCAAAGCUUGUUGCAAGCAUUGAGAUGGAGAUGUUCGACAUCUUUCGUAAUACAGACAGCAAAUACAUGAAUAAGUACAGAACUAUUAUGUUCAACCUGAAAGACCCAAGACACAAGGGCUUUCUAUAUCGAGUUGUGCAAGGAGACAUCAGUCCUUUCAGACUGGUCAGGAUGAGCCAAAAGGACAUGCAGGCUACCAAGGCACCAGACCAAAAUGUAAAGGACACAUCAGAGGUUAAAAAUGCAGCUGCUAAAGUGCCAGGUUUGUCGCAGAAGCCUGAAGUUGUGAAGGUUGAUCUUUCCUGUUUAAACAUCACAAAACCCGAACGAAGAUCUGUGGGCAAUAAGAGAAGUAUGCCUACUCCCACUCUUACUCUGAAGAACAGAGGAAGUGAGCCAAGAAAAGAGAGUGCAGUGCCAGAUGUUCUUACCUGUAUGCUUAAGGACACAACAUCAGAGCACAAGGCUCACCUGUUUGACCUGAAAUGCAAGAUAUGUACAGGACAAAUACCAGCAUUAGGGGAGGAGGAACCUCCAAACAAAAAAAACAGGAUUUCUGAACCAAGCGAUAAACAUUAUUCACAGGGGAAACAGGGAGAUGACUCACCAUUAUGGGCGCCACCAGACUCACCUGACAUGGAUUAUUCAACACUCUGUCCUUAUGACCCUCCCUCCCGCCUUAUUAUUGAUACUGGUGAUUUGACCAUUGUUGAAUCUCCUGCUUCCCCCGUAAUGGAUUCCCCUGCCUCUCCCACUUUCGAGUCUCCUGCUUCUCCAGUCAUGGAGUCCCCUACAUCCCCAUCUAAUGAUACUUCUAAAACCACAGCAUCAAAAAGAGCAUAUACACCUGUUGUGAUUCCAGCCAUCUCCACAGUGACUAUUACAAGGCGUGACCCCCGAACUGCAGCUAACAGGAGCUCUGCUUCAUCUCGUGGUCCCACAAAUGCGUCCCACAAUCAAUCAGCGCCUUAUGGUCCUCGAGGGGGUAGCACUGCUUCAUCAUCAGUACCAACCUUGUCAGUGCGACCAGCAAAACUAAUACCAAAACCUAUUCUCAUGAAGCCAUCCUCUUCAGCUGAUCCCAGACUCUAUGGAACAUCAUCAAGGACUGUGAUUUCUGAAUCUCUAGCCGAUGGUGCAACUGCACAGUUUCUGGCAAAGCAGGAAACACUUUGGAAAGGCUUCCUGAACAUGCUCACUGUGACAAAGUUUGCUACCAAAGGGUAUCUGGUUUCAGGAUCUGCUGAAAUUUUGAAAUCGGAACUACCUGAUACCAUAGAAAUUGGAGGGAGAAUCAUGCCUCAAACAGUGUGGGACUAUGUUGCAAAGCUCAAGACCUCUAUUACAAAGGAGUUAUGUGUGAUCCGCUUUCAUCCUGCUACUGAAGAAGAAGAGGUGGCAUACGUCUCACUCUUUUCCUACUUCAGCAGCAGAGGACGUUUUGGUGUCGUGUCGAACAACAGUCGUUCCAUCAAGGAUAUCUACCUUCUGCCACUUAGUGCAAAGGAAUCAAUCCCAUCAAUACUGCAACCUCUGGAAGGACCAGGAAUUGAAAAGGACAGGCCCAAUCUUAUUCUUGGUUUGGCAGUUAUCCAGAAACCAAAACGUCCAGGAAGUGUGCUUCAGGAAAUUGAAGAGAAGAAACCAAAAGUUCACAUGUCUAAAGACCCCAUGUGGAUCCCAAAACCUCCAGUCCUCUAUGGUUCAGACAAAUUGGAGAUGUUUCAACCCUAUGAUCCACAUACCCCUGUGAGCACAACCCCUCUCAUUGCACCCCCUUGUCCUGGGUCACCAUCGGAUUCCUCUUCGAGCUCAGAUACUAUGCCGUCACUCCUAGCCUCCAUUAAAUCAAACCCCGCUGUUUCUACUUCAGCCCCUGCUACAUCAACCCAGUCCACAUUCAAUAAUGAAAAGAAUCCUAAAUCCCCCAGUAAUGAUACACCACUAAAGACUAUAUUGAGUACAUUGUUCCGAAAUAAGCAAACUGGUGUCAUGGUUUCUAAUGAUGAAAGUUUUCCUACUAAUUCGACAACAGUAAGUGCUAAGAAGUCCUCCGUGCUGUCUCAUGUGUCAGGAUCAAUGGUGGAUCCAAUUGUUCAACAGUAUGGGCAGAAAUCUAAAGUCAAAGAGAUAGAAGAGGAGGAAAAUGCAUUUGAUCGUCCGUAUGACCCAGAAGAGGAGUAUGAUCCUGCAAUAGGAUAUGGAACCCUUUCCUCACAGAGUACAGGAAAGAAGAAGCCAGAAGACCCUCCAUUAUCAGCCUUUGAUGAUGAAGAUGAUGUGGCCUAUGAUCCUGAGGAUGAGACUAUUUUUCAAGAUUUACCAAGUGAUGCAAAGAAACUUCCUGAUCAACCUCAAAUGAACUGUCCAUUGUCAUUUCCAAAUUCCACACAAGUUGCAACACCUGCUUUCACUACUAUUCCAACCCAAACUUCUGUAGCUGAAGUUCCGCAGACCAGUCCUACUGGUACUGUGGUUGUCUCAGCCGCUACGUUGACUGAGCAGCAGCGAAUGCUUGAGGAGCUUAAUAAACAGAUUGAAGAGCAAAAACGGCAAUUAAAGGAACAGGAAGAGGCACUUCGCCAACAAAGAGAGGCUGUGGGUAUGUUCAUGGCACACUUUUCUGUUACUGAUUCCAUGAUUUCGGCUCCCUCAAAGCCUCUUAGUCAGGUUUCAUCCCUUCAGAGCGGUAGAAUUCACUCAGGGUCAAAACCUUCUGAACAGAAAGACUCAAAGAUAGAACAGGCCAGCAAUCUAACAGAUGCUGUUGAUGAACCACACGUUGAUUCACAAACCGAUAAGCAGGAAAACGCAAAUGGUAGUCCUUGUUUAAACAUAACUUCAGUCGCAGUGCAAGACGCAGUAUCUGACAAUAUAAAGGAAAAUGAAAAAUAUUCAUCUGCUGGUGAGAUUGAAGAUUCUGAUGUACCUUAUGAUCCAGAGGAUGACAUUUUUAAUGAAAUUCAGGAUGAUGUGUUUCAAGGAAGCACCUCAAAGAUUCAGGAUUCAUCCUUAUUGAGAACAGGACACGGGGGUAUUUCUCCAAAUUCAUAUCACAGCAGAAGGCGGAGGUCAUCACCAAAGAGGCGGAGUCAUCGUGAAAGAGACAGCCACAGAAAUCCUUCAAGGAGAGCUCAGCGGCGUUCCACUUCACAUUCCAGGAAACAUAGAGAACGGGAUAGAUACAGAAAAAGUGAACGAGACCGGUCAAAACAUAGAACUAAAGGCCACUCUGAACGCCAGGCUCGUCAUGAUAGGGUGCAUAGCACACGGCGGCAUUCCCGUGGUCGUCGAAGAUCACCAACCUCUCCCAGCAAAAGAGAUGGGGGGUCCCAGGGAUAUGAGUUCAAGGCAUUGUCACCUCAUGACAGUGAUGGACAUAAUUUAAUAUCUGACAUUGGUGUUACAAUUCCCCUUCAAAAAAGCUCUGAUAAAGACUUUAAACAAGAAAAUGUUCCCAGUGUAAAUCCUGAAACUUCACAACAACCAAACUCCCAAGAACUUCUCCAAAACACAGUCAGUGUACAUGAUAAUUCAGGUAUUGUUCCUCUGACACAAACGAAUGAACACAUUCAGCAGGAAACAAGUGGAAACAAGCUUGAAAGUUCAAUUCCUCUAAGAGAACUUGAUCCCCCAAUUCGAGAUUCACCAGAGAGUCCUGAUCCUGAUCCACGGUUUAUACCACCUAGCAGUAUCGAAAAUAACCCCCCUGCCAAAUCCGAGGAAAUCAUAGAUUCAGAGGAUCAAAUCAGUGACCCAGCUGAGAAAGUACAAAAUGAUUGCCAGCUUUAUGGAAGUCAAGAAACAUUACUGAAUAUGCCACCACCCACUGAAGGUAUUAAAUCAAAUGUUGGCAUCGAUUUGAGAGCCAAAGAUAUACAGGGUCUAAAUCCAAGAGAACAAGGUAUGACAGGGAAAUGUUUUGGUCAGAAGCAUUCAGAAAUACAAAAAAUUGCUAAGGGAGUAAUAACAAAUGUACCUGAAACGGGCAAUGACCUGAAAUGUUCAGAUGGUGGCCCAGAACACUAUACUAAACAUCCUAAUAUCAAAACUGAGGAGAAUAUGUCAGAAUUCCCAUGUGGGAAGCUUGGUGUCAUGGAUAUUGGAAAGUCACAGAUUCAAAGCAAGCUUUCAAAUUUGACAGGGAAAGGGAUUGACCACAAUAAUCAAAGUCAAAAUUUCCCCCAGGUCAGAGAUUUUCAGUCGCUGAGCAGAAGUGAUGACUUAAACAGGGGGCAUUGUGAUCAAGAAAGUAGUGCAAAGUCAAAUUUAUCCACAGGUUCUAAUGAUACAUAUCUGACACCAUCAUUUGCCGUGUCAGAUGACAAACGGCAUAUAAAAAGAGAUCAAGAUGCCUCUACCGCAAAUAUAAAAUAUGAACAUUAUGACACUUCUUACAUUGGACAAGACAGCAUUGAAUCUGCACAUUUGCAGGAAGCACAGUUUGAUGUUAAGUUUGAAAGGAGUGUGCAUGGCCUUGACAUGAAGGAAUCAGACAAGCAGCUUGAACUGAGAAGGCGUAAUAGGAGAGAAGCUUGUUCUUUAGGGCCUGGUGAGGGUGUUGCUUGUUUGGGUGGUCAGGACUUGAGUGAUGUGGUUAACUCAAUUGCUGUCACUUCAGGAAGAGGCAUUGGAGAAACAUUUCCUGAUGGCUGCCAUGCAAGCAUUCAAGGAAUAAGCAAACAGAAUCAGUGUCAGCAAGACCCAUGUACUGCUUCUAAUAUAAAAAAUGCCGAUUGCAGAGGUCCACAACCCGGUAUCUGGGUUCAUAGGGUUCAAAACACAGAACUGGUUGAGUGUAAUAGGGAUCUAGAUUGGGGUUGUCCAGGUUUGGUCAGAGAUUAUGACACUGACAUCAAUAGCACAGGGUCAGCUUCAGUAAGAGUAGGGCAACUUGCUCAAGAUGAAGAGCAAGUCCAUGAGCCAUCUCAUGGUUGGAUAGGUGCGAGUAUGGAAAGCCAUGGACCUGACAGAAGAGUUGCUGGAGAUGUACACCCUUGCAAAUCAUGGACUGUGGGAGGUCUAAAUGUAGGGGCCACAAAGCAUGACAGCAGAGGACCAGGUGAUCCAGAUGCCAUGGGACCAUGGGGAGAAGAGAUCCAAGUGCAUGACAGGAGAGGACCCGGAAGUCCACAUUUCAUGAAAACAGAACCCCAAAGCCAAGGACCUACUUUGGAGGGCCUAAGAAAUGACAGGAGAGGGAAAAUUGUUCCAGAUUUCAUGGGACCUGGGACUCGUGGCAGAGGACCUGAUAUGAAUAACUGGCAUGGACCCGGGGAUGAGCGCGUAUGUACUGACAUGAGAGUUCCAGUGCAUACUAGGAAAGGACCAGAUGCUUGUGAUUUCAGAACACAGGAAAUUGGAAAUGCAACUAUGACUGGUCCUGUUUCUAGCAGGCAAUCUAUAGGGCCUGAUUUCAGAGGUCCAAGACCUGAAAAGAGACAUGCAGCUAUAAAUAGUUUAGGACAUGGUGUGAGAGGACCACUUGUCCCAGAAAAUUUGGGACCAUGUUUUGAAAGAGGUCCAGGCACGGAGGGCCCUGUACAUGAUGGAGGACAGGCAGAGGGAGGUCCACAUUAUCGAGGUCCUGUAACUGACUGGAAAGACUCGCCUAUGCAAGGUACAGACCAUGACAUGAGAGGUCCAGUAGGUCCAGAUUGCAGGGAACCAUGGAAUGAAAGAAGAGGCCCUGAAAGGGUUAUGCAACACUGUAAUAGAAAAGGAACAGAAGGUCAUGAUGCCAGGGAGCAAGGGCCUGUAGUCAGACGGUGUGCAAUGGAAAGUCCAAGGAUUGCACCAAAAGGAGGCUCACAUUUCAAUGAACCAGGGAAUGGAAGGCUAAAUUUACCAAUCAACAGCCCCAAAUUUGACAGGGAAGGACAGAGAGGUCCAGACUUGAGGGGAAUGGAACCUGAGAGAAGAGAAUUAGGAGUCCCAAAAUGUUUUGGGCCAGGGCACCGAGGGCAUAAUGUAAGAGGGCCUCGGUUUGAAAUGAGAUGCAUAGAGGGUCAAGGGCCUCCUAACUUAAGAAGGGGAGAUCAAAACACUGAUGAGCUUGGCACAAGGCCUUAUGCAUCAGGUCCUGGACAUGAUUUAAUGGAAAAUAGGUUUGAAAAGCUUGGACCUCAUAAUAGACGAGCAUGGAGCCCCAGGUCAGAAAGUAUGAAUCCAAAUAUGGAGCAAACAGAGCCUCACUGGAGAGGUCCAGAUAUUAGGGGACCAAUACAUGAAAAAAAUCUCCCACGACCUGAUAACAGAGGGCAUGUGCCAUUUAUGGAACAGAGAAUGGUUCAACCAAGAGUUGCAAACAUGAAUAGACCAGUGUAUCAACAUUUAGGUCCAAACACAGAGUUACCGGGGUCUAGCAGAAUACAUCCAGAAAGGGAGGAAACAAGGUUUGGUAGUAAAGGCCCACGACCUUUUGGAGGACCUGGCCCAAAUCAAAGUCUUCCAGAAAUGGACCCAGAGUCUAAUUGUAGAGGUUCAUAUUUUGGAGCAGGCUUAGAGCCUGAGAGGAAAGGUCCAAGUAGUCGAGAUUUUAGAGGACCCAUUUGUGAAAGGAAAAAUCCAAACAUUAAUUCUUUGGGGCUUGAGAGACGAGAACCAGGAGACCCAGAUAGCAGAAAAAAUAAUUUUGAGAGAAGUCCAGAUGGCCCAGGUCCUAAUUGGAGGUCAGAUGGCCUACAGUAUAGGGGGCCAGGAAUCAGGCAGAACAGCAUUAGAUCAGGUCCAGAUAACAGAGAAGAUCAAAGACAUGAAAACAAAUGCAACUUGAGUGUGACCGUCUUUAGAGGUCCAGAACCAGAUCAAAAUUGUCAUGGCGGCAGAUGGAAAGCGGUAGACUACGGCUACUCGGACUCUGAAACACAAUUUGAAGAUGAGUGGAAACAUCCCGAUAACCGGUAUCCUCACCCAAUCACAGAGGAUAUUGAUGUACCAGUGGAUCAUGGUAAUGUGCAAAGAGGCCCUGGAAUUAGAGGAUUUGAGCUCAUGCCAGAAAUGAAAAACUUACCAUUUUCAGGGCCUAGGAGAGUUCCUGGGGAUGAUUGGAGUGAUCCAGGCCCUUUUCAGGGUGACGCUGAUAGGGUAUGCCCUAGGCCUAGUAGAGGAGGCCCUGGAAAUGGAUGUAGGAAGCCUGGUAGAGGAAGAUCUGGGCAAAGGUGGAGAUCUGACCACAUGGACUUCAGAGAACAGGGCCAUGAAAGGAGAGGUCCAAUGAUGGGAGCACCUGUGUCAGAUAAGAGAGGUGAUCACGAGGCUGUAAGACUGUCAGGAAGAGGUCCAAACUUGGAAGAACCAAGGCCCAUUCAGGGAGGUCCUGAUUUAAAGAAUUCAUUCAAAAACAGAAGAGAAUUUGAGAUGCAUGACAACCGUGAUACAGAUGUAAGGUUCCAUGGGCCUGAAAACCCAAAUCUUGAAAGGCCGUUUAGGGAUUUUAGAAAUUCAGAACCUAGAGCAAUGGAGCCUGAAAGGAAUGCUUUAGACAUUGAAAUCUCUGAAAACCCAAAUAGACAGGGUUUUGAACAUCGUUUUAGGACGCAGGGCCCAGACAUAAAUUUUAGGCACAGAGAAAAUGAUAUGAGGGGGGAACCUGGAAACUUAAGACUGGGGCGUGGGCCCGUGGCGUGGGUUGCAGACACUCAAGUCUCUGUGUGUAAUAGAAGAGAUGAGGACACUAUGGACCCCGGGUUAGACUCAAGGCAACCCAGUCAUGCUAUGAGGGAUGGGAUGCAAUGUUCUGACAUCAGGGCCUCAAGGAGGUAUAACCGUAGAUCAUUCGACAUGAGAGGUCGGAGGUCAAGGCAGAGAGGCCGUGCACUCCGUGGUUCUCAAUGUGGUAUUCAGGGUAGCGAAGAAAAGUCAUUUGGCAUUUCAGCAAAUCCACAAAGUGAAGAAGUAAAAGCUCCAAAACCUAGGGCUGCCUUGCUUCCCACUCCAACCGAAGGUCGCGUAUGUCUCCCAAAUCAUAGGAUAAACAGCAGCAUGAAGCAAAAACACAUAGGCCACCAUAUUAACAAGUAGUAGAGUAGAGGUAGACUAAUUACUCAAGAAAGUCGGUUUUUAAAGGGCAAUACAUGAGCUGGUGAAAGGACUGCUGGCAAGGGUGGAGAAGAGCAACUAAAGCAAUAUGUGAUUCAUGAUUCAGUGAUGACAGUUAAAAUAACAGACAUGUUGGGACACAUCAAAAUAUCAAAGUUGUACAUCAUAACAAUCUAUUAGUAUUACUCAGACUAACAUGACCUACGCAAAAGCAAUUUGAUGACUGUAAGAUGAAAAUUCAGAGGUAUUUCUGUUAAACGUGUUCGUCUUUUAUUAGCAAGUUUAAUUUUGUAUGAUUAUUAAUAAAUAUGUGUAAUACACCACUUGUGAACUCAGGUUUGGUGAAUAGUCGGAAAUACUUGUACAUAAAUGUAUAUUUUUUAACAGCCAUAGUGUUGGAAGGGCAGACAAACAUCUUUUUCUGUUUAUGUGAUAAAACUAAAUAAAAAGGCUUACUUUUUUCUAUGGUGAUUUGUCAUACUUUUA